AGCUCGGUCUAGCGAACGUCCGUCAUUGCUGCGACGCACUAAGAGCUCACAGCUAUGUCGACGGAUAGACUCGUACGGACGACCGAGAUUCUCGAUGUAGGAUUUGUACACAACUGCUGCCAAAUAGUAGCGUGCGCGAUUUACACCUAUGACCGCCUCCUUACCUUAUGGUGGGAGGUGGACAUGAUCUGGCGGCGCCGGAGCUUGUCGGCAGCGACUGGUCUAUACCUCUUUCUGCACAUAUCUACAGCAGUGCUCCUGUAUGCACAGAUAGCCAUCCAGAUCGUCUCAGGAUGUGAGAGCGCUCACAUCUUCUUGAUCGCACAGAUAUGUGCUGCGGCACUGUUCCAUUUCGCCAUUGGUGGUAUCACGGCUCUACGUGCGUACGCUAUCAGCGACCGCUCUGUGCCGCUAGCAUCUGCCAUUUUCAUGUUCUAUCUGACAUUUGUCGCGAUAAACAUAUAUGCGAUUGCGACAAUAGUGGUAGUUACUGUACCCGAUCCUGUUGGCUGUGUAAUCUUCGCGGAUGGCAAAGGUUUGAGACCAUGUGCGACAUCACCUUAACUUCCUUUUGGUAGAGCUCGGCUAACAACAACAACUUUUUGCCCGUGGC